AGUUAUUACAUGAAGGCCGAUCCAUCGCGCGAACAGCCUCUAGCAGCCAGAGAGAACGGGAACGACCCAUGCUUGCGCGGAUGUUGCGUUGAUCAACUUUUUCUCUCCCAAAAUCUAGCCGGCACACGGACACAGCGAGAAAGAGGGAGACACCGAAAACGUAAGUAGUUGUAGAAAUAAGGGAAGAAGAGGGUCGAGCGAAAGAAGGAUUUGCAGAGAGAGAGAGAGAGAGCGAUUUCAGCGGCAAAGCAGUUGAGAGAGGGAGAAGGGCCACAUGGCAACGCUCCAGAGUUGGAGAAAGGCCUAUGGCGCUCUCAAAGACACCACCAAAGUCGGCCUCGCCCACGUCAAUAGCGAUUACAAGGAUUUGGACGUUGCGAUAGUAAAGGCGACGAAUCACGUCGAGUGUCCUCCCAAGGAGAGACACCUCCGAAAAAUCUUAACCGCCACAUCUGCGAUUCGACCCCGAGCGGAUGUUGCUUAUUGUAUUCAUGCACUUGCCCGGCGGUUAGCAAAGACGCAUAAUUGGACGGUGGCAUUAAAAUCAUUGAUAGUUGUUCAUAGAACAUUGAGAGAGGGUGACCCUACUUUUAGGGAAGAACUUCUUAAUUUUUCACAGAGAGGACGCGUUCUCCAACUUUCCAAUUUCAAGGAUGAUUCAAGCCCUAUUGCUUGGGAUUGCUCUGGCUGGGUACGUACUUAUGCACUCUUUUUGGAGGAACGCCUUGAAUGCUUUAGAGUUCUGAAGUAUGAUAUUGAAGCUGAACGUCUCCCAAGACCUGCUCAGGGGCAGGAUAAGCAGGGUUACAGCCGAACCAGGGAUCUGGACAGUGAAGGGUUGUUGGAGCAGUUGCCUGCUUUGCAGCAGCUGCUUUUUCGUCUCAUUGGAUGCCGGCCAGAGGGAGCAGCAGUUGGUAAUUAUUUAAUACAGUAUGCCUUGGCUCUGGUACUCAAAGAGAGCUUUAAAAUUUAUUGUGCUAUUAAUGAUGGAAUUAUUAAUCUUGUUGAUAAGUUUUUUGAGAUGCCUAGACAUGAAGCCAUUAAAGCCCUUGAAAUUUAUAGACGAGCUGGCCAGCAGGCUGGGAGUCUUUCUGAUUUCUAUGAAGUCUGUAAAGGAUUGGAACUUGCUAGGAAUUUCCAGUUCCCUAUAUUGAGAGAGCCUCCACAGUCCUUUCUUGCAACAAUGGAAGAGUACAUUAGAGAGGCACCGCGGAUGGUUUCUGUUCCAAGAGAGCCAUUGGAAUUUCCAGAGAGGCUUCAAUUGACCUACAAAACAGAAGAAGUUCCUUCUCCUUCUGAAGAUGCUAAAAUAUCAAGGGAUGAACCUUUGCCACCUCCUGCAGACACUGUUCCUGUGUCUAGUGCUGAAUUUGCUCCUCCCGCUCCUCCACCAAGCAACCUGGGCACUGGAGACUUACUGGGCUUAAGUGUUUCUGCACCUGAUGUAUCUGCAAUUGAAGAAAGCAAUGCUUUGGCUCUAGCAAUAGUUCCAUCUGAUGUUGCUUCCUCAUCCGACUCUGGUGCUGUUCAAGCAAAAGAUUUUGAUCCUACUGGGUGGGAACUUGCCCUUGUCACUACCCCAAGCAGCAACAUUUCUUCAGCUAAUGACAGGCAAUUGGCUGGCGGAUUGGACUCGCUCACUCUGAACAGUUUAUAUGAUGAAGGAGCAUAUAGAGCUGCACAGCAGCCUGUUUAUGGAAGCCCGGCCCCAAACCCAUUUGAAGUUCAAGAUCCUUUUGCUUUGUCUACCAGCAUUUCUCCUCCUGCAGCAGUCCAAAUGGCAACAAUGGCUCAACCACAGGUGAAUCCCUUCGGUCCAUACCAACCUUCCUACUCACAGCAGCAGCAACAGAAUCAUUUAAUGAUGGGCAGCGCUCCAAAUCCUUUUGGUGAUUCGGGCUUUGGCGCAUUUCCAGUGAACAGUGUAGCUCAUUCUCAGACUAAUAAUCCGUUUGGAAGUACAGGCCUACUCUGAUGACAUGUUGGCAUAUACGGGGAUUGUCAUAUUGUUGGUAGUUGAUUUUGUUGCUUUUGGAGGUCAGCAAAGCUGUGCGGAUUUGUGCAUUUGGUCUGUAGGAUAGAUGGCUCUCAUCGUGAAUCACUUGUUUGUUUGGGCUGUGAAAUAUGUGGAUUCAUAUGAUUGGAUAGCAAAAGAUGUGAUAACUGGUAAGAGGGAUUCAUAUUGUUUUAUAAUUCAGUCUAUUACUGCACAGCUUUUUUCUUUUAUCCUUUUGUUUUUUCCUGGGUUGGGAGAAGGGGCAGGGUGUGGAAGUGUGAAGAGAUUUUAAAGUUGGCAUCAAUGUAAAAGUCUUGUGUUUCUUCUUUUUCA